UGGAUGCGUUUUUUUUUCUCUUCAAAAGAAACAUCCAAACAUAUUUUGAAGUCAAUUUUGAUAUAUAAAUAUUAAUUCAUAGCUUCAAGAAUCAAUACUAUUAUAUUGAUAUGGGUGUCUAGCCUACACUUUUCAAUGGGGGAUUCUGCGAAUCUUUACCACUUAUUCUUAAACAGGUAAAUGCACCUCCAAGAAAGGCAUAUUUAUUUGGGGAACACGCCCCAAAGACAAGGUAGAUAGACACCUAGAACCUGCAGAAGUGCGGGUGAAAGCGCGCAGAUUUACCUGAGACAGACAUCCAAUGCCACAUGAACUCGAACUCAAGACCAACUCAAGGAUAUUUCGCGUCUAUUUCAAAGGGACUUUUAUUUGUCUCAAGAAAUGUGGUCCUGCCGCUGAUAUUUUAUACUGGAGUUCCCGCGUGUGACGAGCAAGACACCGGUGGAUCAUUGCUUAAUAGAGCAAAGCAUAAUUAUCGCAAUCAUAUUCAAAUCUAGUGGCUGAACACCAUGAGUAGAAAAACACGCCGCUGGAUUUUUCACAUUUUUCUUUGCUUGGGAAUUGUAUAUUUGAAAAUUGGGGGCUUUUCGUCUGUGGUUGCAUUGGGAGCGAGUAUAAUAUGUAACAAAAUUCCAGGUUUGGCUCCUCGUCAAAGGACUAUCUGUCAAAGCCGACCCGAUGCUAUCAUAGUCAUCGGAGAGGGGGCUCAAAUGGGGAUAAACGAGUGCCAAUUUCAGUUCAAACAUGGGAGAUGGAACUGCUCUGCCCUGGGCGAGAGAACUGUCUUUGGAAAAGAGCUGAAAGUGGGCAGUAAGGAGGCUGCGUUCACCUAUGCGAUCAUUGCUGCUGGUGUGGCCCAUGCGAUAACUGCAGCGUGCACCCAGGGCAACUUGAGCGACUGCGGGUGUGAUAAGGAGAAGCAGGGCUUCUACCAACAGGGCGAGGGCUGGAAGUGGGGCGGGUGCUCUGCUGAUAUCCGCUAUGGCCUGGGCUUCUCCAAGGUGUUUGUGGAUGCUCGGGAAAUUAAACAGAAUGCCAGGACACUGAUGAAUCUACACAACAACGAGGCGGGGCGUAAGAUAUUGGAGAAGAACAUGAGGCUGGAGUGUAAGUGCCAUGGUGUCUCAGGCUCCUGCACCACCAAGACCUGCUGGACCACCCUGCCCAAGUUCCGUCAGCUGGGCUACAUCUUGAAGGACAAAUACAACCAAGCAGUGCACGUGGAACCUGUCAGAGCCAGCCGCAACAAGAGGCCUACCUUCCUAAAGUUCAAGAAGCCCUUGUCCUUCCGCAAGCCCAUGGAUACAGAUCUGGUGUACAUAGAAAAGUCCCCUAACUACUGUGAGGCAGACUCUGUGACGGGCAGCACAGGAACUCAGGGCCGCAUGUGCAACAAGACGGCUCAGCAGGCCAACAGCUGUGACCUGAUGUGCUGCGGCCGGGGCUACAACACACACCAGUACUCCCGUGUGUGGCAGUGCAACUGCAAGUUCCUCUGGUGCUGCUACGUCAAGUGCAACACCUGCAGUGAGAGGACAGAGGUGUACACGUGUAAAUGAAAAUAUUUAUUGAACACCUAUUUAUAUGCACAUUUAUUCUAGGUUUGUUUAUUUGUGAGCACUCUAUGUGAAUGUAGUGUGUGUGUGUGUGUCUGUGUGUGUGUGUGUGUGUGUGUGUGUGUGAGAGCGAGAGAGAGAGAGGUAUUUUACUUUUGACAGGGUUCUCUGUGGACAUACAGUAAGAACAAGAAUACCUAAUACCUAAAUAUUAUUCCUGCUCUGAUCUUUGGCCUGCAUCAGUCAGUGCAUGUCCUAUAUUUGCAGUGUUUAUGGCCCUCACAGGCACACACCUUUUCUGCCUGCGAACACCAGUUUAUUUCAGAGAAUACUAUUAAUUAUUAAUUAAUUAUUUUGUGCUGCUGCCAAUGGACAUCUACCGUGACAUGAAACUGGACAGAGUUGCCACUGAGAAUAACUUUGACUUGGUCCAUGGCUCCAAGGACUGCUCUAUGGACCCAUUUGUAAACCAUCGUUGGUGUGAUACCUUGCUGAUGUGUGGCCCAUUUGUAUUGGAUGUCUGUAUAGAUUUCUGUAUCAUAGUUCAUCAACUCUUUGGACAAUUGGACCUUCUGAUAUUUUGCCUUAAAUCUACUGAGAUGUUAAAGGCAGUCAUUUUACUUUUCAAUCUUGUGAGUAGACUAAUAUUAAUUUAUUUAAUGAAACUACUGAUGUUUAUCAGAAUUAAUUGUUGAAUUAAUAGUUAAAACUGGUGAAAUGUACAGAUGACAUACACAUUUAGAUACAAAUAAUACUCUACCUUACUCCUCUAAUUCUCAUACAAUAUGUGCACAGCUUACUUUUUCCAAGAUAAAACACUGGAGAUGCUUAAGAUGGAACAGAAAUAUGGAAGCUGAUUAUCAAGUCAGUAACAACACUUUACUUGCGAGCCAAGUCAAAUGUCAGAUCUCAAGACAAUUGUUUGGAACAAAAAUUGUUUCCAUUGUUAGAAAAAGAAACACAUACUUUAACUACUGAAAUAUGGGGUCAGAAUAAUUGUGGUAUUAGAUAUUUCUGUGUUGUUGUUUUUACCCCUCUUGUUGCUGCUAGUUGUCUGGAAAAUCAUAGAGGUUGUAAAUGACAACCCUAGUGAUUCUGUUUAACUGACAACAGUGACUUAAAGCUAAUUCUCUCCUACACAGCCUUAAGUAUGUUUGCGCAUCCAGACAUUGUCCCAUUGUUGACUUGGUUGAUAGGAUAUAUUUUAUGAGAGAUUAUUUUUAUAUGAAUUUUUUAUUUAUUUUGUUUCUUUGUGUAAAAAACCCUUUUAUAACUGCAUUCCAUAUCUGUUUAAAUAUUGACAAUAGGGGUAGAGCCAGUUAUGUUAUGUUGAUACAUGCCUGUACACAGAACUCGCUUGGUUAACUGCAUUGACAGAAUAGGAUGCUGUUACAUCAGUUGAUUUAAAAUUUCUUCAAGUUUUACAUGUAGCCCAAUUGUUACCAGUGAUUAGCUGAACAGAUUAAGUUGGCUGACAUGUUGGUAGAAAUCACUACCAACAGCCUUCAUGGAGUACCAUCUUGUCAUGGAUCAUGACAUAGAGACAGUUUUACCAAAGACAAAUUUAAAUUGUCUGUCUCUAUAGAGCCUAUUUUACAAUAUGAUGACACAGAAACCUUAACGGUCAGCAAAUAUUUGCCAAAUGUGUUUUAGUACAUGUUUGUGUUGUCCUAUCUGAUUUGACAGAAUUUUGAGUCAUGUUUCAAACAGUGUUAAUAAAUGUUGCCUCAGCAGUUUACUAGUA